GAUCGUUUUCUCGUGUUUUCUCGCCGAUUUUCCUUCCCGCCAAACACACACUCUUCUUCUUCGUCUUCUUCCUCUCCGACUCGCAUAUCAGCUCCUUCAUUCUCCGAUCGUCAACAUCGGUAGAUAGAUGGCAGUUUCUGCAAAAGAAAAAGCAAAAGCAAAAGCGAAGGGCUAUGAUGGGAGUAUGGAAGUGGUGAAAACGGAAGAUAGAAUAGAUACAAUAAUCAGACAAGCGAUUGGCAGGGAACCUUUUUUCACUUUUCCAAGGGCCACUGACACCCCUGUUCAGUGGAUUCAGUUACUUCAUGCCUUGGAUCAGCAGGGUGUUAGCAAUUCUUUUCCAGAACUUCCAGGGUGGCCAUUGCUCUAUCCUGUAAAGGUUCAGUUGCAGAAGUGUGACAAAUGUUCUCGAGAGUUUUGCUCCACCAUUAAUUAUAGAAGACAUAUACGUGCACACCAUCGAUUGAAAAAGCUUGAUAAGGAUUCUACAAAAAAUAGGGACCUUUUAGGAGCAUAUUGGGAUAAGCUCUCUAUAGAAGAGGCAAAGGAAGUUGUAUCGUUUGAGAAUGUGAUGCUGGAGGAAGUUCCAGCAUCUUCAAUUUUAGAAGCUCUGACAACCCUUCUACAAAAGCCAGGAUUUUCUUCAUUACCACAGUAUUAUCUGAGGGCUGGUGCUGCCCUUUUGGAUAUUGUUCACUCUCAGUCUUCCUGCUUUCCCUUAUCUUCCCAGGAGUUGUUCACUAUCCUUGAUGAUGCUAGUGAAAAAACAUGUUUAUGUGGGACUGCAGUGUCAAUGCAAAGAUAUAUUUUUGAUGGAGAGGCUGGAAAAAUUGGUCUUGAACCAAGAAAUUUAGUUGCUUGCACAUGUUUCUUGCUAGAACAGAAGUUGGUGAAGGCAUGGCUUGCUGACAAGGAUGCUGAAGCCUUGAGGUGCCACAGGCAGCUGGUGGAGGAGGAAGAAGCUGCUCAAAAAAGACAAGCUGAGAUAUUGGAGAGGAGACGCCAGAAGAAGCUUAGACAAAAAGACCAGAAGGCAAGGGAACAAAGGCAUGAGGCAGAAAUUGAAGAGCACAUUGGGAGCGCAGAAGAUGAUUUAUCAGCAGCAGAAGCAUCUUUGGCUACUAUUGAUUCUGAAGCACAUAAUCUGGAAACAUUCAUAGAUAGCGCUCCUUCAUAUGAUCCUUUUCAAUGCCGUGACACAAAUGUAGGACUAGAUGGCGUUCAAUCGAGUUACAAUCUUGGCAGUGAUCAGUAUAUUGAGAGACGGUCGGCACGUCGACCCAAUCGUAGGCUCACAGCAGUUUCCAGACAGAAGGGUCUGCAAAAAUCACAAUGGGCUGUAGCGAAUGAUUCUCAUACAAGCCAGAACUCAACACUUUCAAAGAUUGAAGUCAUUCAAAAAUAUGGAACCCAUCGUGAUCAUAGGGUAGCUACAGUAGCUAAUGGUAGUAGAGUUUGGAGUCCAAAGUCAAAACCAGGAAUUGAUAGGAUGGUUCCAGAAGCUAGAGUAGAGAAAGAACCAGAUCUAGAUAAGGAUCAUGAAGUUUUGAUAGGAUCUAUAUCAAUUACUCUAGGGAAUUGCAGCCAAUCAGAGCGUAAUGCAGUGGCAUCUCGAGCAGACUGCAAUGUUGACAAUCUGGCCAACCAGAAUAGUUCUCAGAAUAAGCCAUUGAAUCCUGAUUUUGUCCAGAAUGGCAACAAUAUGGCCACUAAGCUUUGGAGACCAGUUAGCCGGCACGAAACUAAAAAUCCACUUCCAGUUCAAAGUGGUGAGACAGAAGUGAAUACAAUUCAUGAAAAUGGAGAUUGUCAGAACCAGUCAGAUCCAAGUUGUUUAAGGUCGUGCAGUACAGAUGGUAGUGAUGUCGGUUUCGAGAUUAAUGUUUCCAAUAUAGAGGGGAUAAUGGAUCCAGGAAGCUUACAGUUAUUAUCCAGCCAUGCCGCAAAAAUUUUUCUCGAACAAAGAUGGAAAGAAGCUAUGUCAUCAAAUCAUCUGCUUUUGAUUGUUUCCGACUAUGAACCUCCUGGAUGCCAGGAAAUACAGGAUUCUAGAAUGGCAGUAUGUCAAUCUUCUGAGGUUACAGUGAAGCGGUUAGCUGCAGCCUCGAAGGUUGCUAAAUCCAAUCACAGAAUGAAGCCUGAAAAGGGAACCAAGAUAAAAUAUAUUCCCAAACAAAAGACAGCUGCCUAAUAGGAAGAAGGAAAGAAGAAAUUGAAUUAAUUUGGUUAUACAGAUAUGCACAGUUUGACAUAUUGCCAAUUAAUUUGUUGUUUGGCAGAAGUUCCAGUUUUACCCGAUGGUCUUCUGUCACAAUAUGGAAGGUAGGUAAGGUUUUGCCAGAGUCUUGUUCUGCCCCUUUCGUUCAAAUGAUGUCAUAGGGGAUUUAGGUAGUCAGGUUCUUUUUCUUGGUGGUAUUAUUGCUAAGAUUUUUGAAUAAAUUUGUUUACUUAUUUUGAAUGUUUUCUGUACUAAAGCAGAUUUUUUCCCCCUUAUUUUGAAAUAACUAACUAAA